CACGCUGGGCGUAGUAAUAAUAAAAGUGGUAAACGAAAGCCACCCUCUUCGAGGACCAGCGUCCUCAAGCGUCGAUCUUAACGAACAUCGGUUACGUUCAAUGGUUAACCAAAUCCCCGUGCCCCAGGCCAAGUAUGAAUUAUUAACUGACGUUCGACAACCUCGUUGGAAAACACAAGUUCUGUGCUUGGUGCUAGUGUCAUUGGUACUUGGAAUUCUUUUUGUAACACGUGCUUGGUUGGGGAUCGUUAUCCUUCGCUCGCCGAGAGCUGAAACGGUUGAUCCGGAGACGGUGAUAGACAAUGCCAAGAUUGCUACGUGGUUACGUCGGGCUCGGAUGUACGCCGAGUCGACGAAGGAGAACCAGAAUGCGGACAGGAACAACAGUAUCAGUUCGCCACAACACUUCUACACAAAUUUCUCAGGGCAGAUCAUUGUCUGUUAUUACACCAUACAGAGCGACCUGAACACGCUCUGGGAGCUCCGUCCGUCGCACAUUGACCCUGAUCUUUGUACGCAUAUUAUCGUGGGUUUUGCGAGCGUGGUGAACUGCAGCCUCGACUUGGACAGCAGUUCUACCAUCUACCAACAAGUAGUCGCCUUGAAAAAAUCGCAACCUGAAUUGAGGGUCAUGAUCAGUGCCGGCGGUAGUAACGAGCUCCACUCAGGUUUCUCAGAAAUGAUCAAAAACCAUUUUAACAGGAAACGAUUUAUAAAGUCGGUAUUAAACGUAACAAAGACAUUCGGCUUCGAUGGAUUAGAUUUAGACUGGGAAUUCCCUGCGUGGAUCGGAGCCGAUGAACGUGAGAAAAUUCGUUUUGUACAAUUAUUAGAGGAAUUGCGAAGGGAACUUUACCGCGCCAAAGAAAAAUUGAUUCUCUCUGUCGCGGUAGCCGCUCCACAAGCUAUCAUCGAUCAAAGCUACAUGGUCGCGGAAAUGGCAAAGUACGUGGAUUUCGUGAACUUGAUGUCGUACGACUAUCACUUUUACGUUUGGUAUUAUCCGAUUACUGGACUCAACGCGCCGCUUUAUCCACACGCAACGGAAUCUGGCUACCUGUCUACCCUGAACGUUAAUUUCUCGGCUCACUAUUGGCUGUUAAAGGGUAUGCCAAAGGAAAAGCUAAUCAUCGGCAUUCCGACUUAUGGCCACUCGUACAAAUUGGACAACCCGAUAAAUCACGACUUGUACGCGCCAGCGAACGGAUUUGGCAAUUUAGGAAGCAUGGGUUUCGUUCCUUAUUUUACAGUCUGCGAGUUCCUGCAAAACGAAGCGAAGAACGUUUUCGACGAAGAAAGCAAAGUUCCGUUUGCUUACAAAGACAGAGAAUGGAUCUCUUACGACGAUGUUACAAGCAUUCGUCACAAGGCUGAAUGGAUUCGUGCAAACAAUUUCGGAGGUGCAAUGAUAUUAUCCUUAAACGUUGAUGAUUGGAAUAAUACAUGCAAAUUUAAUGAGAGUUUUCCUUUAACACGUACUGUUACCAGGAUCCUCAGGUAUCAUGAAGAUUAAUGCAUUUAUUGCAUUUCCUUUCUUUCUUAUUUACAUUCCAAUAAAAAAAUAUCACAUUCCCGAAAAAGUAUUCAAUCAAUAAUUGUUAUUUCCAUUGUUAACUCAAGUUUUUAUAGUUGCAUAAUGAGAGUUCAUUUCUGCGUUGAGGCUCUUACUAUUUCCGCGAAAGAAUAUCUUCGCCAAUAUUAUUACCUCGUAGUAUAAUAGUUACACAAAG